CCCACCCCGCUCCCCUCGGUCAAUGCCUCCGCACUGGCAGCUCCACAUGCACCCGUAAAGUGCACUUGUUCAUGCUUUUUAUUCAUCUUUUUCCUUUUCUUUGAAGAAGUGAUCAGUUAUGGAAUAAAUGACUGGACCGGAAUUGAUUUCAAAAGGAUUGUAACAAGAGAAAGUGAUCAAUAUGGCUGACGGGGCCAAUCGCGCCAAUGGGCCCCCAGCAGCAGAAGCAGGUGGCUCCAUCAAGUCCAAAGCUAUGAUGGUGCUGAACAAGCUUCGUGUGUCUGUGGAGCUGCUUGUUGCUCUGGCCGCUCUCUUAUGCUGGUUGACGGUGGGCGUGGUCAUGUUUGACUUUGUGGAGUACAAAGCAGUACCAGACAUCCAGCACAUCAUGUCCGACCCGCUCCAAGCUGCGUAUGACGCCGCGGAGGAAGUGUCCCAUCUCGUCAACAAGUUCCAAGAAUGUACACCCGACUUAAGUGACCCCAUGUCUGCGGCCACGUACGCCAUGGACGAAAUAGCCCAAGCCAAAGACAAAUUUGUGCAAUAUUUCUCCGACGAGGAAGACGUCUUCUACCUGAGUUACGUGGAUCCGGUGGUGAUUGGCAGAGGACUUUUCCAUUCCACCAAUGACUUUGUGAGCGGGUUGGCGGCGUCCCUCAGGGACACGUUCUGUGCUGCUGUGGAUGUCGUGUUAUCUUCUAUAACACAUAUCAGUGAAGUGUUGUGUUCGGGUAAAAUGGACCUGAGCUUCAUGGAUCCGGUUCCGUGGUGUCGAGGAGUGUUCUCCUGCACCAAUGACUUUGUUUGCGGCCUGCUGGGCUCCAUUCAGAAGUUCUUCUGUGGCAUCCUGGACUCUGUUCUGGAUCUAGUCAAGGGAAGCGUGGACCUCGGCUUUUUGGACCUCGUAGCGUUUGGCAGGAACCUCGUCAGUGUUACAAAUGACACUGUCCAUAAAAUGGCAGACGGCCUGCAGGAAGUGAUGUCUGUCACAAAGGACAGCGUGGUUGAUAUAGUCAACGACAUCCAGGAAGCGGUCUACUUCAGCCCCUCGGCCGCCCUGAACAGGACCGCCGAAAUCGUGGUGGAGCAGUACCAAAUGCUUGCCAACGCCAUCACCGGGGUCCUCCCCAACGUGACCUUUGACCCUGCGAAAACAGUUGAAGAUGCCAUGUUGGAGCUGACCAGCAAGAAGGAUUUAUUUGUGGCCUACAUGUCGGCCAUGAUUGUGGGCAAGCAAGCUCAACCGGUCGCUAUGCCGCCCGAGGACAUCAUCCCUGAAAAAGAUGAAAGUGCAGCACCUCACUCCGAGCUGCCGAUGGUGAGACGCAAAGGUGAAUUUCUGCCACCGUUUGCAAAAGUUGCAGAGGUGACGGUGAUGAUGCGCUCGGACGAAGACCUGCGAGAAGACAAAAAAGCAUCCCAAGGGGAGGGGGAGGAGGAAGCAGUGGAUGAUGAAGAGGAAGGACAAGGAGAGGAGGUGAAUGAAGAGGAUGGUGGGUUGAAAGAGGAGAAGAUUGAAGCUGCAGGAGUUGCGUUCAGUGAGGAGGUUCCUUUAGAUGACGAGGAGAUGACACCCUUGGAUGCUGAUGAUGAUGCAAAAGCGGAGAGCGCAAUAGAGGAUGAAGAGACUGGAGAGCAGAUUGGAGAAGAUGAAGAGUUGACUGCCGCAGUUGGAGAUGAUGAGAAGGAAAAGAGUGAUGACAUAACAAGAGAUCAGGAGGAGGAGGAGGAGACACCAAACAUGGAUGAUGAGGAGGAGGAAUUAACAACUUCAGCUGAUGAUGAAGAUGAUGAGGAGAUGGCAACCGUAGAUGAGGAACAGGAGGAAGCAAAAGUGGAGAUGACAGCAAUUUUAGAUGAUGAAGAGGAGAAAAUAACUGAAGAUGACGAUGAUGAGAAAAUAUCUGACGAAGAGGAGGAAGCCCUUCCCAGUGAGGAUGAUGACGACGAAGAUGUGGAGACCAAAGAGGAGGAGGAGAUAUCAACAAUCAAGGAUGGUGAUGAAGAUGACAAGAAAACUGAAGACGAUUACGGUGAUGAUGAAGAAGAGAAAACAAUAGCUGAUGAAGAGGAGGAGAUUCUAACCAAAGAUGAUCGUGAGGAGGAGGAAACGUCAACAUUAGAUGAGACAACAGUAGAUGAAGAUGAUGAAGAUGAGGAGGAGGCGGUGGAAACUGUUGAAGUUGACGAGGAGGAAGAUGAAGACGUUGAGAAAACAACCUUUGCUGACGAAGAGGACACAACAGUAGAUGAUCAUGACGAGGAGAUGGAAAUAACAGUAGAUGAGGAGGAGGAAGAAGCUGUUGCUGGCGAGGAAGACGUGACUAAAGAGAAGACAACGCCAGAAGAUGAUGUGGAGGAAGAAACCACAUUAGAUGAGGAUGAGGGUGAGAAGACAGCAAUUCUGGAUAAGGAGGAGACAACCAUCCCAGAUGAGGAUGAGGAGGAUGAAGAGGAGGAGGCAGCAACUUUGGAGGAGGACAAACCUUUUGCGCGUGAGGAUGACGAAGAGCAAGACCUUCAUCAUGGCGAGGAUGCGGAAGUUCCUGUUCCUGUUCCUGCACACAUGAAAUAUUCCAUCAAACUCCGCCCAGUUGUCAAACAUGAAACCAAAAAACAGCAGACACCAGCAGUUAAAGUUAAAGAUCUUUUGAAAGAGAAGAAGACAGACGUUAAACAUGAGGAAUCGCUCACCAACAAAACCAGUGAGGAAAAACCAGCAGAGAAGCUCAAAGCCAUCACAAAACUCCUUAAGAAAAAGACACAAAAAUCAAAAGAAGAAACACUGAAGGAGCUGCGAGUAGAAGCAAAGACUCCGGAAAACACAACGGAUGCAAAGAAGCCCUUCAUAGUCAAGUUCUCCAAAAUCAAAGUGCCAAAAAGGGCCGAGAAAGAGAAAGAAGACUUGAGGAAACCUGCUAAAGAGGAGAAAAAGGAGGAGGAGACCCUUACUGAGGAAAUAAAAGAAGAAAUAAAAGAUGACAAGAGGGUGAUGCCCAAAACUCUCAAAGAAGUCAAAAGACCUUCUAGAAAAGAGAAGGAAGUCAAAAAACCUCCAAAAGAAGACAAAGAGGUCAAAGAACCUUCUAAGAAAGCCACAAAACCUCCAAAAGAAGUUAAAGAACCUUUAGGAAAAGAAAAGGAAGUGAAAAAACCUCAGAAAGAAGUAAAGAAACCUCCUGAAGAAGUCAAGGAACCUCACAAAGAAGUCAAAGAGAAGGAGGUAAAGAAACCUCACAAAGCCGAGAAGGUCGAGGAAAUUUUGAAGGAAGACGAAAAACCUCAAAAAGAAGAGGAGGUCAAAGAAACUAUGGAGGUAGUCAAGAAACCACCGAAAGAAGAGAAAGACAUCAAGGAACCAUUGAAGGAAGUCAAGAAAGCUCCAAGGGAGGAGGUGGGAGCCAAAACACUCUCUAGAAAAGUAAAAGAAGUCAAGAAACCUCAGAAAGAAGAGAAGCAUGGCAAAGAAACUUUGAAGGAACUCAUGAUACCUCCAAAAGAAGUUGAGGAACCUUCCAAAGAAGCCAAGAAACCUCCAAAGGAUGUCAAAGAACCAUCUAGAAAAAAGAAGGGAGUCAAGAAGCCUCUCAAAGAGGAGAAAGAGGUCAAAGAAAAAGCUGAAGAAGACAAGAAACAUCUUAAAGAAGAGAAAGAAGGCAAAGAAACUUUGAAGGAACUCAAGAAAUCUCCAAAAGAAGUUGAGAAACCAUCCAAAGAAGUCAAGAAACCUCUAAAGGAAGUGAAAGAACCUUCAAGAAAGGAGAAGGCAGUCAAGAAGCCUCUCAAAGAAGAGAAGGAGGCCAAAGAACCCUCUGAAGAAAUCAAGACGCAUCUUAAAGAUGAAAAAGAUGGCAAAGAACCUUCUAGAAAAGAGAAAGAAGUCAAGAAAGAAGACACAGAGGUCAAAAUAACUUCAAAGGAAGUCACAAAGCCGCAGAAACAAGACAAGGAGGUCAAAGAACCUCCUAAGGAAGCCAAGAAACCUCCGAAAGAAAUCAAAGAACCUUCCAAGGAAGCCAAGAAACCUCCAAAGGAACUCAAAGAACUUCCAAGCCAUGAGAAGGAAGUCAGGAAACCAAAGAAAGAAAAGAAGUCGGUCAAAGAAGUGACUAAGGAUGAGUUGAAAGUAAAAGAGGACAAGGGUGUCGUUAGCAAACCUCCCAAAGAACAAAAGCUUGAAGAAGCUGAAAAACCAACCAGCGAGAAGCUUCCCAGAAAACUAAGAAUCAUCAAAGAAGCGCAAGAGAAACCACCAAAGGAAGGCAAAGAAGACAAGAGGCGUCCUCGGGAAGAUGUCGACAAAGCUCCCAAAAAGGAACUUCCCAAGGAAGUUGAGAAACCCAUCAAAGAAGCAAACGUGUCUUCAGUGGUCCUUCAAGAACCUAAGAAACCACUUGAAGGUGGUUCCGAAGUCAAAGACAAGAGGACGUCUUUAAAAAGAUUUUUCAAAAUCCACAAAGAAGUCACAGAAGCAAAGAAAGCUGCCAAAGAUGAGAAAGAAGGCAAAACACCUCCUGAAAAAGUGCUGUUCUUCAGGAGAACUUCCAAAGAAGUUCUCAAAAAGACACACAAAGAAUUUAGCAAUGAAACCGAAGUCAAAAAGCCUCCUGAAGAGGAAAAGGAAAUCAGGAAACAUCUUAAAGAGGAUCUCCAGAAACAAGAAGCACGAGAUUCCAAGACAACCAUUACAAAGACAGAGGAGAAGAAACCACAUGAAGAACUUGAAGAGGAGAAAGACGUCAAAAGAUCUCUCAGGAAAAAGACAGCGCACCUGAAACCAACCAGACUCCAAAAAGACCUCAUGAAACCAUCCCAGAAGGUCCAUGAGGAGCCUAAACCCUCUGAGGACAAGGAAAAAAAGAAACCUCCCAAGGAAGUGUUGGAGAUCCCUCAGAAAAAACAAGUUGACGAAUCUUUGGGAGAAGACAAAGUCAUCACGACACCCCUCAGAAAGGAGAGAAAGAUUCUGAAACCAAGAGAAGACAAAGACAUCCACAAACCUCCUCAAGAAGAUGAAAGUAAACCUUCUGAGAUGAAAGUGGAGAAGAAACCUCCCGAAGUAGAGGACAAAGUAGAGACCGGGAGAUCUUUAGGAGAGCAGAUGGAAGUCAAAAAAGUGAUCAGAAGACAGACCAGGCCUCAGAAACCUUCUCAAGAAGAUGAAAGUAAACCUUCUGAGAUGAAAGAGGAGAAGAAACCUCCCAAAGAAGGGGACAAAGUAGAGACCGGAAGAUCUUUAGGAGAGCAGAUGGAAGUCCAAAAAGUGAUCAGAAGACAGACCAGGCCUCAGAAACCUUCUCAAGAAGAUGAAAGUAAACCUUCUGAGAUGAAAGAGGAGAAGAAACUUCCCAAAGAAGAGGACACAGUAGAGACCGGGAAAUCUUUAGGAGAGCAGAUGGAAGUCAAAAAAGUGAUCAAAAGACAGACCAGGCCUCAGAAACCAACCCCAAUGGAGAAGGAACCCAAAUCAACACCUCAAGAAGCCCCAGAGGAGCCUAGACCAUCUGAGGAGAUUCCACCCAAAGAACCCCUCAAAGAAGCAAAGAUACACACCAAAGUAGACGUUGAAGAGAAGAAACCUGCCAAGAAAGAAAAACAAAUCAAGGUGGCUGAUGAAGCAGAAGGAAGGAAGUCAUUGAAGGAAAAGAAACCUCCCAAGGAGGAAAAACCUGAAGAUGUCAUUUCCAGGGAACCUGAGAAUCCCUCCAAGCAAAAACCGAAGGAACCCUCCAAAGACGUUUUGAAACCGUCUAAAAAAGAACCGGAGAAGCUCUCAAAAGUUGUCAAGGUGACCACCAAAGAAGAUACAAUCGACACUUCCAAAGUGGUCAAAGAAGUCAAGAAGACUCCAAAAGAAAAACCUGCACCGAAAGCGGAUGUUUCCAAGAAACCUUUCCGGUUCCUGAGAGUCACCAAAAAGCAAAUAGCGCCAGUUCUCAAAAAAGAACACGUCAACGUGACAAAAGUAAAAGAAGUUCCCAAGGUGAAAGCCAAACCAGAACCCACAAAAAAAGAAAAAGAAGUUCCUGCAAAAAACAUCACUUCGGUGCUGAAGGAGAGAGUUAAAAUUGUGCCAAUGAAGAAAGUUAUCACAAGGCCGGUAAAGAAAAUCCAGGAGACACCCGCAAAAACACCUGUUCGAAUUCAGAUGAAACCCAGAGUUGGCGUCAAAGAAGCGGGGAUUGCUCCUAAAAAUGCAACUCAAGCCAGAGAGAAAGUGAAAGCAGCUCCACUAAAGAAAGUGCCUACCUCUGUUGAGAAGACUGAAGCAAAGAAGAGAAAGGCCACAUCACUCCUAAAGACAAAAGUAGAGCACAAGACUGCCAAAGAAAACCAAAAGCCCACAACAGUGACAAAAGAAAAAGUCGUGGAGAAAAAGGCAACUAAAGACGACCUGCCGAAAGAAGACAGAGUCCUUAAAGAGAUACAAGAGAAAAAUAAAUCCUCAAAGGAGGAGGAACCGAAAGCGGAUUCUGAUGACUUUGUCCCGGAAGACGACCUGCCCUACUUCCAGUGUUUCUUCGUGGACGAGGACGAAGCCCAGUUUCCCUUCUACGCGUUCUCGCCGCUGCAGGUUUGAGGCGGAGCAGCUGACGGCCGGCCGCCAUUUUAGAGCCCGACUCGACUGACUGGAGCGGGGGAUUGUGGGUAAUUCUUGCCACAUGGACGCAGCCAUUUUGGUCACAUUUGGUUGAGCUCUCUUACCAAAUAUGUGCAGCCAAUGUCAUUCCUUUACCUUUUUUUUUUUCAUUUUAUUUUAGUUUUUUCUUUUUUUUUUAUUGGUAAUUUAUUAUGAAGUUAUUUUUUUCUUUCUUUGUUUUAUAUUAUUUUUUGUUAUUUUAUUUUUCAGUAAUUUAUGCCAUUAUUUUAUAUAUAUAUAUAUUUUUUUUUUUUUGACAAUUGGUUGAGGGAGGUUACCGCCCUGUCGGUCCCCCCCCUUUGCACGCCACUUAUGAGCAUGCCACAUACAUGAGAGCUCCCAAAACAUCCGGAUGGAAAAAGACUCCCUAAAAAGUCUGAUUAUUUAAUCAGCACGCACGUCUGCGCCAAUGUUAACGUUGGCUCACAGUGCGCCAUUUUGUGCUCGUUUUUUGGUUGACAGAACAAAAACAACUGACUGUACAUUACGAUGACAACUAAACAGAUGAAAAGCACCGAAUGGGGAUUGGGAGAUUUACAUAUUUCUGAAGAAAAUGAAAACAAUGCUGUUUUGACAGAGGGUCGCCUCAUUUGUCAGCAGCCAGACGGCAACAGAUGUUGUUUGUCACGCUUUGUGACAAUUGACGAAGCCUGAGAGGAUCAUCCUAAAUGUAAAUCCCAUUUUUUUUUGUAAUCAUAAUAAGUGGGACAUGUCUUGUGUGAGUGAAUGGUGCUCAGGGUUGUAUUGUUUUGUGUCAAACAAACACUACUGCCAAUGCUUUGCAAUAUUUCUACUGAGAUAAAUAUAUUUAGAAUGUAAUGAAAAUGUAUUUGUUAGGUUCAACUUGUGUAAUACGCCAGGUCAAAGCUACCUGAAAUCUGCAUGUGCGUGUCAGAGAUUUAAAAUAG